AUGGAGGUAAGCGCUGGAUAUUCCAAACCGCGAACAGUAGUGCUGAUAGGUCAUUCGUUCAUUAGGAGGCUCGGUGUAUUAAUAAACAAUGAACGAGAAUUCAAUAAUUUACGUCUACAGAAAGAUAAAUUUGAAGUGAUAAUUCGUGCCAGGGGCGGCCUCAGGACACACGAGCUGGCUAAUUCAAGAGAGUUACUGGACUUUCAAGAUAUUCAUACCGAGGGCGGUAUCUGUUUCAUUCAGAUUGGCGGGAAUGAUUUAUCAGAUCCACGGUCAACACCAAACAUCGUAGUUCGACAAAUCAUGGCACUGGCGCAGUUUUUGCUUCUAACCAAGAACUUUUCUUAUGUAGUAAUUGGACAAUUGCUUCGUAGAAAUCCAUCAAAAGUAGGCAGUCAGUACAAUUACAAAGUGAUUGAUACUAAUAAACUCCUUCAUGAUCAGUGUCACUCCUCCACCAGCAAUCUUAUAUUCUGGCACCACCGUGGUUUCUGGGACCCUGACAUGAAAUACUUGGCCCGUGAUGGGGUUCACUUAAAAGACAGCAGCCAUGACCACCGGUUCAUGAACAAGUACCUACAAAGCAUUAAAAGUGCUGUCCUCCAUGCCUCCCAUCUGAUAGGACGGGAGAGGAAUAAGGAUAAGUAG